AUGUUUGCUACAAAACUUCAAAAUAAAGAUGUAGUAGAAACCCUUAUUACACAUGGCGCAGAUGUGAAUGCAACAGCGAGCAGAGGAGAAACUGCUCUCAUGCUUGCAACAGAACUUAAAAAUAAAGAUCUAGUAGAAACCCUUAUUUCACAUGGCGCAGAUGUAAAUGCAAAAUCAAAACAAGGGAUCUCUGCGCUUUCUAUUGCAAGUUAUCAUGGCUACAAAGAAAUAGAAGAACUUCUUAUUUCUCACCAAGGUAAUACUUGA